UAAUUUCUUUAAUCAAUCUACGAUGUAACCAAUCUAAUCCACAUUUGAUGAAAGUACUAAGUAUUGGGAUGGACAGCUACGUUCCUGUUAACUUAGCUUAUGACUUGUAUGAAUCCACUGAAGGCAGUAACCCUCACUUAACACCUAUAGUUCUUAUUCACGGGCUUGCAGCGGACAGAAAAUCAUGGAAACGUUUUGCACCAAUUAUUGCUGAAAAAACAAAGAGAAAGGUCUAUGCAUAUGAUGCCAGAAACUAUGGUGACAGUGAAUAUACUGAUGAUUUUAGCUUCUCCUUAAACGUCGCUGAUCUGUUUCAUUUUAUGAAUAUUAUUAAAGCUAAUAAAGCUGUAUUAUUUGGACAUAGUAUGGGUGGCUACACUGCAUUUAUCGCAGCUUUUCGGAAGCCAGAGAGAGUAGCAAUGAUAAUAUCCGAAGACACGUAUGUAAAAUCAGUUUCUCACGAAUAUGUAAUCCAGUGCAGAGAUUACUUACGAGGAAUAUCAAAUUCACUUUUAAAGGUUCCGAGCUAUAUGGAUGAAGAGGAGGCGAACAAGAAAAUUGUUGAUGAUGUGUUCGCAGAAUUUUCCGAAGAAAAUAAAAAAAGAAUUUCUAAAGAUAGAUUAUACAAACUACAUUAUCCAUUCAAAAGAGAUGCUGAUGGGCGAUACACGGCUAAUUUUGACGAGCAGUCACUCUAUCGAAGCUUUAGUGAUCCUGCCAGUUUUCUUCUAGACCCUGUUGGCUCAUAUGAAGGACCUGCUGUAUUUUUAGUUGGGACUAAAUCUUUCAUGAAUCUGAGGAGCCACAUGCCUCACAUUAGAGGACAUUUUCCAAACGUGGAAUUCAUUGAAUUCGAAGGAGGUCACAGUCUGCAUACACAGUUCAGAGAGGAAACGGCUGAUACAGUUGUGCAAGCCUUGAAUAAAUAUAAUAUCUCAUGAUUCCUUAUGAUUGUUACAAUAAAGUUAUAUUAGCGAGUUAUAUAGUGCGAGUCUAUUAUCGCGAUGUUAUGCAGCAUUCUCCCUGCUUACGAUUUUCCUAUGCGAUCGCACAUCAAUGCGAUUCACGCAUAAGUCUCACAUGUAGCUUCGAAACAAUUCCAUGCGCGUCUAAGGUGAUGGGAGAUAAUUACUGAUUAUGCCAACCUUCAUCUAU